AUGGCUACUAGACUCCAACACCACGAUGAGGUGCGAGCUCCGCGUUGGAGGGAUGCGCAGAGGACGGUGCGCAAAGAAGUAAGGAAGAAGCUUGGGAUGCGAAAGAGUGUAGAAGAAGAGAGAGCAGGAGCAGAGAGGAGGAGGAGGAGAGGAGGAGGAGAGGAGAAGGAGGAGGAGGAGAGCAGUAGGAGGAGGAGGAGAGCAGGAGGAGGAGAAGGAGGAGGAGGAGAAGGAGAGCAGGAGGAGGAGAAGGAGGAGGAGGAGAAGGAGAGCAGGAGGAGGAGGAGAGCAGUAGGAGGAGGAGGAGAGCAGGAGGAGGAGAGGAGGAGAAGAGCAGGAGGAGAGGGAGUAGGAGGAGAGAGAGUAAGAAGAGAGAGUAGGAAGAGAGAUUAGAGAGAGGAGAGAUAGUAGGGAGAAGGAGAGUUGUAAAGAAGAAGAAACGAACAGGGAGGCAGACAGAAAAGAGGACUGGUUUUGUUCAGCAGUGACAACUCAUCCUCAGCAAAGUUUGCAGGAGAAUCUACAGCUCUG